AUGCCAGAAGUCCACGAAGUCAAGGCCUUGGGCCCCAACAGUGAUAUCGAAGGCCAGAUCCAAAGAUGCCAUGAGCGUAUCGCAGAGAAUAUCAUGCCAGAUGUUUUUCGCCAAAGGCUGAGAGAAUAUAUGGCGUCCCGUGAGGAAAAUGAACAGAUGAGGUCCUCUGAAUUUGAAAAGUUCCCAUCUUCUGAGAAAUUCAGCCAGGAUUUCAUCCUGCGAGUUCAUGAGUUGGAGACCAUGAGGACGGAUCUGAAGAAUAGCGGGGACAGUUCCAAGCAGCUCCAAAACAUCAAAGCUCUUUUGAGUGCAUACAGAUCAGGUCGGUUGGAUUGGAAUCCUGGAUUGGUGACUUACUGGUCAAAUGGGGUUCAGAUCUGUCAACCAAGACUAUUCGAAUGGGAUGAAUUCGAACUGGUUAAUUCAGAGCAUGAGGGAAACAAAGGAGGGUUUUGGACAGAAGGCGCACAACAAGAGCUAGAAGCUCGAAUGGCGGAUCGGAAACCAGAGACAUCAUUGCACUAG